AUGGACCGGUGGACCGGCGUCCUCCACGUCCCCUUUUCCCGAGGCGGAUCCCUCUUCCGCGUCGUCGCCUCACUCUUCCUCUCGCCCGCCAAAACGCUCGCCGUUCCACGGGUCAACGCGAUCCUUUUCACGGGCGACCGCGUCCGCUGCACCGGAGAUCCGGCGAUCGAACGGCUCUCGGACGCCGCCCACCUGGCUGGGGUCCUCGCCGGGAAGCUCCCUGUGGAGACCAAUGCGUGGGUGAUCGACGCCGCAUGCUUUGCUGGGCCAUUUGCGGUGUACCGAGAACUUGUUCCGACCAUGGACGGCGCUGGAGACCCCAAGGGGUAUGACCCCACUGGCCUUCCUGCCGCUGCCGGUGUUGCCAACAUCCUUGCACACAGCAUCGGUGAGAUACAAAAUCGGUUCUUGAGGUUCUCGGCAAAGGAUUCGGCUGUCAAUCAGCAUCCUUCAGCAUCAUUGCCAUCCUACUCUCCUCCUAGGACUAUCAUCCUUGGCUUCAGCAAGGGUGUAGUUGUUGUCAACCAACUUGUGACAGAACUUUCUCAUUGGGCACCAGGAUCAAUGGAAAACACAGUUGAUGUUUUGAGACCAAACCCAUCGCAUUUGACCCAGAAUCUCUUGGUUCCUACUUCAAGUACUGAUGUGUUAUCAAGUAUUUCUGAAUUCCACUAUGUGGAUGUUGGCCUCAACUGUGCUGGAGCAUACAUAACUGACCAUGAAGUGAUCAAGAGGAUAUGUGAUUAUGUCGUGCAUGCUGGUAAGAACAUCCGCUUUGUCCUUCAUGGUACUCCAAGGCAGUGGUCUGAUCCGAGCCGCUCAUGGAUCCGGAAGGAGAAAGACAUAAUGCUCCAGGUGCUUCGAGAUGAAGCUCAGAGGAGUGAACUAAGACUAGUGCCGUCUGAAAAGUUGUAUUUUGAGGGUAGACCUCGCAGCCUGCUGAUGCAUUUUGAGAUUUUGGAAGCAAUGGAUAUAAGCUGA